CACACAUCUUUAAGCCACCGAGAACUGAUGUCCUUACAAUGACUCCCUGGCUUGCCCCAAUCAUUUGGGAUGGGACCUUCAACUUGGAAAUCCUGAAUGAGCAGUUCAGACAAAGGAACACAACCAUCGGACUGACAGUGUUUGCUAUCAAAAAGUAUGUCGUCUUUCUACAGAGAUUUCUAGCAACUGCAGAAACCUAUUUCAUGGUUGGGCAUAGAGUGAAGUAUUAUAUCUUCACUGAUAGGCCUGAAGCUAUUCCUAACAUGAAUGUCAAAGAAGGAAGGGAGAUAGUCCCUCUUAGAGUCCAAAAUUACCCCAGGUGGCAGGAAAUCUCCAUGCGCCGGAUGGAGAUGCUCAGUUAUUACUCUCAACAGCGCUUUAUCCAUGAAGUUGACUUUCUAGUAUGUGUUGAUGCAGACAUGCAAUUUAGCAAUGAAGUUGGAGUAGAGAUUUUGAGCGAGGUAUUUGGCACGAUUCACCCAGGUUUCUACGCUGCUGAGCGCCAAGCAUUCACCUAUGAACGACGUUCCACCUCUGAAGCUUACAUUCCUCUUGAUGAGGGUGAUUUUUACUAUUGUGGAUGCUUCUUUGGAGGAACAGUGGCCGAGGUUUACAAGCUCACAAAGAAGUGCCACGAAGCCAUCACGGCCGACAAAAGUAAAAGCUUGGAGGCCAUCUGGCAUGAAGAGAGCCAAUUAAACUAGUAUUUUGUGUACCAUAAACCAACCAAAAUACUUUCCCCAGAAUAUCUGUGGGACAAUGGUUUCGGUAGUCCACAGUUUCUCAAGAAAAAGAGAUUCCUUACUGUCCCGAAGAACCAUGCUGCAAUCAGAAAUAAAAGAAAUUCAAAUCUGAAAUGAUAUUGAAACGUUUUCUGUUGAAUGAAUAACACUUGAAAUAAAAUAUUAUUUUUCAAAGGCCCAUCAUA